AUGCCUAGACCGCAGAACGAGACACCACCCCUGUUCGACCGCAGUCGCAGAUCCCUGGCUGGCGUCAAUCAUGACCAUGACGAAAGCAGCGCCGACGAGACCACCGGCAUCUUCUCUCGCGCCGACAACUUGGACUACCAGUCGACCGUAGCCGCCGGACACCCGAGGAGGAGAUCCGCCGGCCGCGCGAGCUCCGAAUCUCGACGGCAAAACGGGCAUAGCUCCCUCGAUGGGGAGGGGGAGGACGAUGUCCGCGAAGAAAAUCACAAGCACGGCGGCGAACCGUGGUACAAGGCUGCCAUUGAGCCGUUCAAAUCACUAGAGCUGGAAAAUACGGGAAGCGUGGCUAGAGACCACCUCGCCAUAGAGCGGACCUUCCUUGCCUGGUUACGAACCUCGCUCGCCUUUGCUUCGAUUGGCAUCGCCGUCACGCAACUCUUUCGCCUCAAUACGUCCCUCGCGGAAGGUAGUGGAAACUCCGAACUACCCUUGCGACAGCUUGGCAAACCCCUCGGAGCCACCUUCCUUGGUAUAAGUAUCGUCAUACUUUUCCUCGGCUACCACCGCUAUUCAGAGAGCCAGAGAUGGGUCAUUGACGGAAAGUUUCCCGCUAGCCGUGGAACGAUCAUUCUCGUCACAUUCUUGGCAUUUUCUCUCGCCGUCGCCUCCUUGGUCGUGGUUGUCAUUGUCCAUCCCAAGGAGAGGGAGUUGUAG